UCAUAUUUCCUUGAUCCUCAAACGCAACUGGAGCUGACGGAGGUUUGCAGCGGAGCGAAAGGUGGAAGCUUCACCUGUAGAUACAUAAACCUGCUUUUGCACCGUCGUUUAGAAAUAAGACAGCACACUUUUGAAGUAAGGCUGUCGGAGCUCCGGGUCGCAUCGCUGCACACUCGCACGGAAAUAACUUCAUUAUUGCAGGUUUUUUUUUUUUUUUUUUUUUUUUUUUUGCGGGCGCCUGUCGCCCUGUGCUCGGGUUUAACGGGAUACUGCAGGCUGUAUGGAGGGAUGUCGGCAUGGCUUGCACCAGGAGAACCAAAACUUUGGUGUCCACAUGCGUGAUCCUGAGCGGCAUGACCAACAUAGUUUGCCUGUUAUAUGUCGGAUGGGUUACGAAUUAUAUCGCCAAUAUAUACAUUAAAGUCCCGAUGCCUUUACCGGAGAGAAAGUUAGAGGGUGAUAAAAGAGGUGACACUAUCCGGAUCAUGGAGAGGCUUGAUCGACUGGAGAAUGUGGUCAACCAACAUAUCCAAGAGACUCCAGGGAGAGGAGAGGACAGUCAGGCCGACACAUCAUUCUCCGACUCUUCGCUGUUCGCUCACUGGGGUCAAGAGCUCGGUCCAGACACCCGUAGGGUGGCACUGAAGAUGUUCCAGUACUACGGCUACAACGGCUACCUCAGUGAUCGACUCUCUUUAGACCGGCCAAUCCCAGACCUCAGGCCUGAUGGGUGCAAAAACAUCACCUAUCCAUUAAAUCUCCCUCAAGUGAGCAUUGUGUUCAUUUUUGUGAAUGAAGCCUUGUCCGUCAUCCUGCGGUCCAUUCACUCCGCCAUCAACCGGACGCCCUCCCACCUCCUCAAAGAGAUAAUCCUGGUGGAUGACAACAGCAAUAACAAUGAGCUCAAGGAGAAGCUGCAGGAUUUUGUGUCCGAGACAAACAGCCAACGUCCAGGAUUCAUUAAGAUUGUGCGGCACACCAAGCAGGAGGGUCUGAUCCGAUCCAGAGUGAGCGGGUGGAGGGCUGCCACGGCUCCAGUGGUUGCCCUGUUUGAUGCCCACGUUGAGUUCAAUGUUGGAUGGGCUGAACCCAUCCUCCAGAGAAUUAAAGAAGACAGGACACGUAUUAUCUCCCCAUCAUUUGAUAACAUCAAAUAUGACACUUUUGAGAUUGAAGAGUACCCACUGUCUGCCCAGGGCUUUGACUGGGAGCUGUGGUGUCGCUACCUCAAUCCACCUAAGUCCUGGUGGCACAAGGGAAACAAGAGCGCUCCUAUCCAGAGCCCUGCCCUGAUUGGCUGCUUCGUGGUGGAUCGACUGUACUUUGAGGAGAUUGGUUUGCUGGAUGAAGGGAUGGAAGUAUACGGGGGAGAGAACGUGGAGCUGGGCAUCAGGGUGUGGCAGUGCGGGGGAAGUGUGGAAGUCCUGCCUUGCGCCCGUAUUGCACAUAUAGAGCGAGCACAUAAGCCGUACACUGAGGAUCUCACGUCUCAUGUGCGACGCAACGCCCUCAGAGUGGCAGAGGUUUGGAUGGAUGAGUUUAAAAGCCAUGUCUACAUGGCUUGGAACAUUCCCCAGGAGGACUCAGGGAUAGAUAUUGGCGAUAUCUCUGAAAGGAAAGCCUUGAGGAAGAGACUGCAGUGUAAAACCUUCAGAUGGUACCUGGUCAACAUCUACCCCGAGAUGAGGAUGUACAGCGACACCAUCGCAUAUGGAGUACUGAAAAACUCUCUGAAGAAUGAUCUGUGUUUGGACCAGGGGCCCGACAACGACAACGUUCCCAUCCUGUAUCUCUGUCACGGGAUGACACCUCAGAAUGUGUACUAUACCAGUACUCAGCAGUUCCAUGUUGGACUCCUCAGUCCUACCGUUGAUGACGAUGACAACAAGUGCCUGGUGGAUGUGAAUAGCAGACCCCGCCUCAUUGAGUGCAGCUAUGCCACAGCCAAACGCAUGAAGCUCCACUGGCUCUUCACUCAGGGAGGAUCCAUUCAGAACAAGAAAUCAAAGAGAUGCCUAGAGCUUGUAGCGGGCAGUGACAAUGAGUUCGGCUACCAACUGGCUCUUCAGAAAUGCACUGGACAGAAAUGGUUCAUCACAAACGUUCUGUUUAGCAGCUCCUUAUGAUCGACUGCCAAGUGGAAAGCUGGAGCGCGUAGUGCACUGGGCCGGAUGGAGUUGUUUUCUUUCGUGUGCACAUGUGAGCGUGAAGUGUGUGUCUGUGAGUGUAAGGAGUAGCAGGAGCCUGAGUGGGGUGGGGGGGGUGGGGGCAGCGCAUGGUUGGACAUGUUCAUUCUCAGCACCAGGAUGUCCUCUGACGAGCCGACAUCACAUCGUAAAUGUUAAACAUUUUCUUUUGCCUACAGGAUCAGCCAUAGUUGGCGGACAUUUUGCAUUGCCAGAUUUGAAAAGGUAGUAUAUUUAGUAUAUUUUGUGGUAAAUACAGUAUAGUCAGAUUUUCGUUGACUUUAAAAGAUGUAAUGGGUCCAAUAUGUUUUUGUACUUUGUUCAUAACUGCUACUGUGUAGCAAGCUUUCGGAACAUGUCCCUGCUGUAAUUAUUUCAUUUUAGUGUCUCAGGUUUGUGGGUUUAUUAUGCGAUUCAGCUGUACAGUUGUGGGCAAAUGUUGGAAUACAUCUGAAAAUAAUGAAUUAUUUUGUAAAUGUAUAUAUUCCAUAUUUGUAAUAUAUAAAAUAACUGAUGUAA